UCUCUGAUCACUGACUUGCCUGGAAAUAAACUGUUGACACUGAGUGGGCAGAGCUCUAAGGAGGGAGGUGACAUCCUUCUACAAGGUGGUAGCAGUCUUUCCAGGGCCUCUCCACAGCAGGCCUCUCCACAGCAGCCAACAAGUCUUACUGUUUCCUGUCAAGUAGACGGAGGCUGUAGCUGCCAAAGACAAGAGCAGCAUCUGUUUCAAAAUAUUCUGCAAUACCGCUUGAACCCUGAGCCUCACCUGGCUAACAUGGAAGGAGUGACAGAAUUUACAGAGUACGUCUCAGAGACAGUAGAUGUACCCACACCGUUUGACCUUCUAGAGCCCCCGACUUCUGGAGGAUUUCUGAAACUGUCCAAACCUUGCUGCUACAUCUUUCCUGGAGGAAGAGGAGACUCUGCUUUGUUUGCUGUCAAUGGGUUUAACAUCCUGGUGGAUGGCGGAUCGGACAGAAAGUCUUGUUUCUGGAAACUGGUUCGCCACCUUGACAGGAUUGACUCUCUUCUGCUUACCCAUAUUGGGGCAGACAACCUUCCUGGUAUCAAUGGCUUGUUCCAGAGAAAGAUUGCAGAGCUGGAGGAGGAAGGCAACCAUGGAUCUGGUUCGAGCAGCAGUGGUGAGUCAAUGAAGAACCUAAUAUCCCCUGAGCUUGGGAUUGUAUUUUUGAACGUCCCUGAGAAGCUUCGGAUUCCAGAGUCCACUCUAAAAGUGAAACGAAGCAUUGAGGAAGUAUCUCUUACACUGCAGUACCUCAACAAGCUAGGGAUCACACCUGAACCACUUCACAGGACAGUAAGUAACACCAUUGAACCCAUCACACUCUUUCAUAAACUUGGAGUGGGAAAGUUAGACAUGUAUGUGCUAAACCCUGUCAAGGAGAGCAAAGAGAUGCAGUUUCUUAUGCAAAAAUGGUCUGGGAACAGCAAAGCCAAGACUGGUAUUCUGAUGUCUAAUGGCAAAGAAGGAGAAAUAUCUGUUCCCUAUUUGACAUCAGUUACUGCUCUUAUUGUUUGGAUUCCUCACCGUCCUACAGAAAAGAUCAUUAGGGUUCUCUUUCCUGGAAACGCACCACAGAGUAAAAUCUUUGAGGGCCUUGAGAAGCUGAAACACCUUGACUUUCUGCGAUACCCAGUAGCUACUCAAAAAGACAUAGCAACUAGUGCACCGCUGCCCAUUAUUAAACAGACUAAAAUGAAAUCAAGAACUGACAGCAAAGAGAGCCUCAAAACAUCACCAAAACCAAACUCAAAAACAGCCAAGAAAGAAACUGUUGGGGAGGAAGAAGAGUCCAAGAGUGAAACUACUAAAGAGAAUAAAGUGGAAAAGAAAGAGGAGAAAAAACUGAAAAGUCAAAGUCUAAAGGCCACCAAACAACAGAAAAAUAGUGAGGUUGCUCCUGUGACAGGAAAAUCAGAGAAGAAGAAAAUAUCUCAUGAGAAAAGUAGCAAAAUGGACAAAGUGUCCCGAAUGGAUGAAAAGAAGGACAAGGAGAAGAAGGAAAUUAAUAAAGACAAAGUAAAAAAAGAUGAAAAUAUUAGAAAAGAAGAAAAGAAGGAAAACAAGGAGCUCAAAAAGAAGGAUACAAAUAAGACAGAACUGAGAAAGAUGACAAAACCUGAUCUAAAGCCACUCACCCCUGAAGUCAGAAAAACUUUACACAAAGUCAAGACUCAGACCAAAACCAAGACAGAAAAAAAUACAGUCAGUAAGGAGCAUGCAACUGGUAAGAAGCAAGUCCCUGAGAACCUCCAUGUAGAGGUCACAGCAGCAGCUCUUGCAGACAGGUCCAUUGCGUCUUCCCCCGAGGACCUUACUGACGACUUUGAGGCUCUGAAAAGAGAAGAGCUGUCCAAACCCAAGACUGAUGCUACCCAGAUAUCUGAGGUGUCAGUUCACAAAGACACUAAAGUUUCUAUGUCAUUUUCUCCUGAUGAUAAAAUUACACCAUUGGGCACUAAUACAGCGAAUGUUUCAUCCACAUUCAAAACAGACAACACAGACAGGAAAACUUCAGAACAAAUUAAAUCUAAAAAAAAAGAUUCAAACAGGAAACAUGAGGACACGACUUUUGAAGAUUAUGGCAAAUAUUCUGCGAAGGGUCACCUAAAAGACAUAUCAAAGAAGAGUGAUAGCUCAGAGGAUGAUGAUGACGUAAUUGAAAAAGCUGAGCUUGAAGGAACUGAAGAUGAUGCAUUUAUCAAGUAUAAAACACAGGAGAUAAAAAAAGAAAGCACUGCAAAAGAAUUGGAAAACAAAAUAACUCCACAACUGACCUCAUCCACUGCAGCAAUGCCUGGACAAGGAGUAGUAACAUCAGCCUCAGAACAGUUCUCCUUUAUCCAAGAUGAAACCAUCCCUGGUUACUCUGAGACCGAACAGACCAUUUCUGAUGAGGAGAGCCAUGAUGAUACAGAAGAAAGAAUGCCACAGUUACGAUUAAGUGGAGGAUGUCAUGACAUCUCAGUCCCUGAUGCCCCUCAAACCUUUGAUUCUAUGCACAGUAUGAAAGAGAUAAAAAGCUUUGCUGUGUCUGAUGUUGUGGAUGUCAAAACCAAAGCCCUAAUGGGAGGUCAGGAGUCAGAGAUAGCAAUUUACCCUGCUGUCAUUGCGGCUCCUCUUGCAGAGGAGGAACACAUAUCGUCGGCCACAUCCAUAACAGAAUAUGACAAGAUGUCUUCAUUUGCCACAUCUGUAGCUGAAGACCAGUCCAUAGCAUCUGUUACAGCCCCUCAGACUGAAGAAGUUGGAAGGAACUCUCUCCUUGAUACCAUCAACAAUGUACCCUCACAUACAGAAGGCACCCAAGGAAAGGAAUAUCUCCAUUCUGCAGGUACCAUUUCACCCACCUCCUCUCUGGAAGACGACAAAUGUUUUAAGUCUCCGUCCUCUGAUGAAUACCAACCCAAUAUACAUGAGUUGGAGAGUGAUUGCAAGGGCAAUGCAGCUCAUGAUGAAGAUGAUGAUGAAGAAGACGAAGAUGAGGAUCAGACUCCAAAUGUUGAUAUACCACUGGGUAAACUCCAAGAGGGCUAUGAACAUGCAGCAACCAUGCUGCUCAGGAAGAAAGAGGACUCUCCUCCUCCCACUAUUUCUCCUGUCUUCUCUGCCAAGCAGCACUCUCCCACACAGGUUGUCAGCGAAAAACUGUCUCCAUUUAGUACAGGUGGAUUCGUGAUCAGCACUGGAAUACGACCUGUAUCGCCAACUCUAACUCUCACCACUGGAAUGGAGUCCCACUCCACAGAAGACAGUGAAGACAGAUGUCCAAGUCCAGAUGACAGCACUAUGAAACUGGCUUCACCCACACAGUCAGUGCCUACAAGCAGUGGCUACUCUCCAGCAGAGGAAAAACUCUUAACGAGAGGAGAGAAAAAUGAAGCAGUGUCAAACUUGAAAUGCGACACUCACAAUGUCGAGAAGUCAGUCACUAUUUCCGAUAAUUCAUCCUUCAUUGGAAUGCCAGGUGACAAAACAAUGUUAGAGGCAUCAGAAGAAUCUGAAGAGAGUUUGGAUGAAGAUGACUAUUACACAAAAAAGGAUCUUCAGCCAGCUAUUAAGGCUAAACUUAUGGAGGCAAAAGAAGGGUGCUUCCUGGAUGAUGAUGUAACAAAUGAGGCAAAGAUCUCCAAGAUAAACGUAGACCUUGAAAUCUUAGAAAAGUCUCCAAAGGCAGAUGAGAAACAUAAGCCUCAAGUCAUAUACUCGGAUGAGGAUGAAACAGAUAAUUUCCCAACUGGAUUAGAAUCAAGCAAAAUGUGUCAAGAAAGUGCUGAAAAACCAAAUAUGUCUCUCACAGGGCCUGAGAAAAGUGUUCAAUUUAGUAUCUGUGAUUUCCCAGAGAAGGAGACCAAAGAGAAAGCCAUCUAUAUAAGACAAGACACACCUUAUGUGCAUGGCAAAACAUUCUCUUACAGCGACAUUUAUGAUAGCAAUCCAAGUUCUGUGGAAUCAGAUUCAUUUCAUCAGGAGUCCGUAGAUGAGGUGGAGAAAGAAAUUUCAAGGGAUGAAAUGGGUUUGCCACGAUACCCUGUAACAGCGAGAGAUAAGAUGUCAGAAAACGUUGCAUCUUCUACUUCUUUAUCGUCGGAAAUGGAUCCCUUGUCCUUUCCAAUGCAACCUGACCAGCUAAACGCCUCAACUUAUUCCUCAAUGACAGCGUUCAAUGUUGCCAAAGCUGCUGGCACUGACAGUAAGGAUCAGGGUGCAUGUUUGGAGAUUGAUAUGCGGCAAAUUACAGCUAGAGAUGAGGAAGACAACGAUGAUGAUGAUGAUAAUGAUGAGGAGGAUGACGAUGAAGAUGAAGAAUUUGAGGAUGAAGAUGAAGAAGUUGAGGAUGAUAAAGGUGGUGUUGAUUCUGAUAUGGAGAAAGGUGCCAAAGAGAAGUUUGAAAAGGAAGUAAAAUGUCCUGAAAGUGAAUUGUUUAGCACAAUUAAGCCUGAAUUUAUGGUUUCCAUGGCUGGAUAUGGCUUUAACAGUCAGGGCAAGUCGGAUGUGAAAGAAAACCUUUCCAGCUCACGCACAAACGUAGCAGAUGACGAUAUGGCAGACAUCUUAUUCUUGAAUGGAAAGUCAAAUGGGGGGUCGACAGGUUUCUGUGGCUACUCCACAGAGUUACAGCCUUAUGGAGGAGAACGUAAGAAAUCACUUCUGCUGAGUCAGACCACGGACAAAGGAAAAGAGGAAAUUACCUUGAAGUCGUCAGAGAGAAGUUUUGACCAAAAUGAUGGAGGUGAUCCUGAUUUUGAGAAACCUCAGUCCCCAGACCACCUAAGCAAAAUACCACCAGACACAAGCUUUCAGUACACGACCACUGCUGCCCCUGGAUAUUCCUCUUCCUCUGCCUAUAGUUACUCCUCCUCUACGUCAGGCUCCUUCUCAACCAGCCGUCAGCUUGGAGAAGAGCUGGAGACACCUGCCUCAGCCGAGCCACUGUUUGAGUAUUCCUCCUUUAAAGAAGAACACUCUCCAGUCAUAGACUCUCCCUUCUCCACUUUAACUGGCACCAAAGAUGAUUGUCUUGAAGUAUCUGAGAAACAGGUCACUGGUACAACCACAGCUGAGUCUACCUCUAGCUUUGCCCACUUUUCACCCAUGAGCCCAUUUGAGGAGGUCAAACCCUUCCCUUUACAUUCCAUUGCUUCUCCUGAAGACAAAAAGGAACACACAUCUUUAUGUAGCUUCAUGGAUAAACACCCUCAAUCAGACUGCUUCUAUAAGCCUGAGUGGUCUGAGGUAUCAACUUUGAAAUCUGCAAAGGACUUUGGGUACUCACUAACCAUGCACGCUCAAGAAACAGCACUCUCAGUUGAUAAAGAGGCAGCCAGCGCUGCUCUGUUCUGUGUCACUUCUUCACCACGGCCGGACACUGAAGGGAAACAUUACUUUGAGGAGAGUGACAGUAGCGAAGAAGAGGAUGAGGUAGAUUAUAUGCAGGAAAUGACUCGAAUAUCACCCUCAAGUGGUCUCACUGGUACAUUGACAUUUUCUGACAAGACAGUUUCUUCAGCUGAAGGUGAAAAGACAAGCAGUGCUGAUGUUCUUGGGUCAUACAUGUCCUCACCACUUCAAGCCAGCAAGCCAGACUCAACCAAUGGAACCACAGAAGUCAGUGCAAGCUCAACCCUCCCUGCUGGAGCUUCAGCUAGUGGCGCAGUUCCAGGUACAGCUAGGGUAGAGUCUAAAGAGGGUGCCGGAGGCUACAGGAGCUCCUAUGAAUGGGAAAUGUCCAAGUCUCAGAGAGGCAGGAUGCCUGGUGACUCCCCUCCUCAUUAUCGUCAUGAUGACGAGUUUGAAGAGGAGUGUGAAAUGGAGCCAGAGCACCCAGCACGCCCACUUUCUCUCUCAUCGACUAAUCAGCCAUUUCACUCUCCGUUCUAUGCUGAUGAGUGCAGCCGACAAGGGCAGGAUGACUUUGAUGAUGAGGAUGAAGAUGACAGUGAUCAGGAUAUUGCUGGCAAAGCACCCAUAGGAGCAGCCUCUCCAUAUGCAGGCCACGCCUCUCCAGGAUAUUCAUCCUGUGAGUACAAACAGCGUAAAACUGACCUUUCACCUUCCUUUAUCAACCCAUGCAUGCAGCAGCUAUGUAGUGAUGAAGAUGAUGAAGAGCAAGGACAUCAAAGUGAGCAGUCGCAGGAGGGAGAUGAAAAUGACAUGUCAGUUAAGAAAAGCGCUCACAAGCACCCCCACAUUCCUCAGUCCCACAGCAGUUCUUUCCAUCAAGUCAGUGACAUGUCAGCAGCGUUGGGUCUAGCAACAGAAGACACACCACCCACUUCUAUAACCGAGUCCCUCCCCUCUCAGUCAGACUCUGAAGUGCCUCCAGGCACAGAAGAGUACCCGUCAUUCACUGGUGAAGGCAACAUUGAUUCAGAUGAGGAUGCAGACUGUAUGCCUAUUGACAAAAUAUCUUCCACAGGAGAAGGCAGCCAUCACCCUGCCUCCUGGAAGAGCCAUGACCCACUUCCCACACCUCAAAAGGACCCCUACCCCCACCCUCCUCACCCUGACGUGUGCAUGGUGGAUCCUUACUCUUUGGGUAAUGCUUCAGUUAAGAAAGAGCCUAAAGCUAAAGGCUUGAAGAAAACUUCUGGGAAAACCAAAUCUGCGUCCCCAGCCAGGCGCAAGAAGUCCCCCUUGCCUGUCAAACAGACAUCAUCUCCUCGCAGUGUGUCACUGAAAAGGAAGGAAGCAGACAAGAGUUCACGCAUGUCUCGCCUGUCUGAUGGGCAAGGCUCAAAGGAUGAUGAUCUCUCAAGGUCAAGUUACAACCCUGGCAAGGGGCUGACCAACGGUAGCAAGAGCAGUUUGGGCUCGCAAAAGGCUGGUUGUACAGCUCCUAUUUAUGUUGACAUGGCCUACAUUCCCAAUCACUGCAGUGCCAAGAAUAUUGAUCAAGAAUUUUUCAAACGCAUACGCUCUGCAUACUAUGUGGUGAGCGGGAAUGAUGCUGCAAGUGGUGAACCAAGCCGAGCCGUUCUCGAUGCACUGCUGGAUGGCAAAGCUCAAUGGGGGACAAGUCUUCAGGUGACGCUGAUCCCGACUCACGACACAGAAGUCACUCGUGAGUGGUACCAGCAGACACACGAGCGACAGCAGGAGCUUAACAUCAUGGUCCUGGCCUCCAGCAGCACUGUGGUCAUGCAGGAUGAAUCUUUCCCCGCCUGCAAGAUUGAGUUUUAGGAAUGCUGUCACAUGCCUGGCCUCCAUACUCUUAGAAUAACUCUUUUCUCAAGCCUGAUUAAUGUGUUUUUGCCCAUUUUGCGGUGAUUUUACAGAAAUACUAAACAGAAUUUAAUUUCAUUUAAUUCAGUUUUAAAAAAAUGUUUACUAUUCAUGAAGCUUGUUGUGACUGUCACUGUUUACAACAAUUACAGUAUGUCCUCCUGACAUUAUCAUUCCAGUGUUCUAUUUAAGACAAAGUGGAUGUCAGUGUCCUUACACAAAUUUUUAAACAAUAGGAGAAAAUGCAAAUAGGCAGUUUCUGUCAAGAAUUUUUAGUUGCUAUUCCUUCAUUUGGCUUAAAUCUAUAUACAUCCUUGCGCACCAAAUGCCAAUUUGAAUUGCUGUCCUCCCCAGUAUCUCAGUUUUAGUUCUUUUGCUGUAUAGCUAAUCAGAAUGAAAUAUUGUGCUGGUAGAAAAUUGCUAUCGUGAUCAGUUUCCUUACUUUGAUGACAGUUUCAGUGUUUGAACUUUGUGCCUCCGAUUGAAAUAUAGAAUAAUAUUGGAGAGGCCGCAGUGUCCCUUCAAUGUCUUUCAAAUAUAUUUGCUGUAGCAUAGGAAAGAUCUUAAUCAAACGUCCAUAUUGUUGUGAACUAUUUCUUUGAUGAAAAUCACCUGUUACGGUUAGUACUGAUGUGGAUUUGAACAAUAAUUUCUAAGUAUAUUUCUGCUGUAGUCUUUGAGGUUUCCCCCUCGUUUAUAUGUUGUUGAUAUGCGUUUGCAGAAAACUGAAGAGAAGGGUAGGCAGAUGUGAUGUCUGCAGAAAUGGUCGUCCAAUCCGAGACGUUCUGUCUUUAUAAAGAGCAGCACGUUGUGCAUCUGAAGGAAGAAGUUAAACCUCAUAUCAGCUGCUGCGUCUUAAUCAGCUUUUUCCAAAGCUGCAUCCAAGAACGAAGAAUGUACGACAAUAGAGCAGUGAUUUCCAACCUUUAUGGAGCCAAGGCACACAUUUUGCAAUUGAAAAAUCUCACGGCACACCAACAAACAAAAAUAUCACAAAAAGUGAAAACAUUAAUUACUGUAUGUAUUUCCUCCCAUCUAAUAGAAGAGCAUUUAUUUGUUCUGUCUCUUCUCUCACUAUUCCUCACUGGCAUAAAUAGAUGAACAAAGGUACAUUAUUUCUUGUAACUAAAUAAUUUUUCGAGCAAUUAUGUGAAAUGUUAUAAUUUCCCAUGGCACACUGGUUGAGAAUCACUGCAAUAGGGGAGAGGUUGUGUUUGCACAUUGGACAAGAUGUGGGCUGGUGUGAUUGGUGGCAAAGGUAAGACCCACGUGCCUUUUAGUUCUGAUGUGCUAGAGGGUGGAAGGGUAGAAAUGCGUAUUUGUUAUUGAGACUGAAUAGUUGCUUAGUGAAAGAGAUUUUGAUGAGCUGGUCUCAAUAGUUUUUGUGAGUUUUGUCCGUGACGUGAAUGCACAAAAAGCGAAGAUUCAUGUUUUGCAAGUAGAGCACUUUCGAAAGCAUCAAAUCAGAGUUUCAGUGAUUGAUUUCCACAAACUGCCAGUUUUAAAAAAUAAGCACAAAUAACAACCAGUAUCGUAAAGUGAAAGCAGUUUUUCCUAUUUACUUUAACAAGAAUGAAAUGCAAUGAUUUGAAAAUCCUUUUCAAUUGGUUGAAAUGAUUUGUUUUUUAACAGAAACAUUUCGACAUGAUUUUAUUCUAUUUUUAAAAGUAUAUGGGUCAUUUUCAUUUAAUUUGAUCAUUCACGGUAAAGACACACACAAAAUUUUAGUUAUCGAUUUUUUUUUAUGCUGCCUUGAUUUUAUAUGGGAAAAUGUCUCUGAAACAGCCACGCUUAAAGCCCGAAUUUCAAAAGGUUAUUGAUUUAAAAUUUUCGGCAUUCAUAGUAAAGGUAAUCCUUAUUGACAGAGCAAAUGGUGGUGGCCCAUUGAAAUACACUACUUUUUAUAACGGUAAAGGAAAACGUGCAUAACGAUAAAGCCAUGAACAGCUUCAUAAAAAUCGUGUGAAUUGCACAAUUUAGGUGUUGACCUUCAAACUCUUCAGAUACAAGUGCAUGAAUUAUCCUAGCUACUCAUUACACUCUUUAAAGGUAAAGACAUGCAAUAGUUCCAAAACUUUCACAAAUUCAUGCCUGUGUAUAUUCUCAUGCAUCCAGGUCAUUUCAUUCUCAGGGCAUUGAACUGAUCACAACUGCACUGUUCUGUUUGUCUUAGAAAACGUCUCGCCUCUCAUCCGAGCAGGCUUCAUCAAUUCAUGCAACAAGGCUUAGUUAGGACGCACUAGCACUAAUGGGCUAGUAAAGCAAAGCAAAGCAAAGCAAAGCAAAUUUAUUUAUAUAGCGCAUUUCAUACACAAGGUAACUCAAUGUGCUUUGCAUGAUAAAAAGCAUUUAAAAACAAAGAAAAAAACAGCUUAUAAACAUUUAAAACAAAGAGAAAAUAAAAUAAAUUACAAUAAAAAUACAAGUAAAACAGCAUACAGUGCAAGAAAUAUCAUUUAAAAGUGGAAAUGCUCUAAAAAGCAUGAGAAAAAAGGAGUUUUUUAACCUGGACUUAAAAACAUUCACACUUGGGGCUGAUGUCACUUCUGCUGGCAACUUAGUCCAUUUGUGUGUGCUGCUUCACCAUGUUUGGACUCUGUGCUCCACUAUUUGACCUGAGUCUGUCGAUCUCAGAGCCCUACUGGGUUUAUAUCCCAUUAGCAUUUCAUUCAUGUAUUCAGGACUUAAACCGUUUAGUGAUUUAUAGACCAGUAGCAGAACUUUAAAAUCUAUUCUAAACCUGACUGGAAGCCAGUGUAAAGACUUUAGAAUUGGAGUAAUAUGUGCUGGUCAGAACCCGAGCCGCAGCAUUCUGAAUGAGCUGCAGAUGUUUAAUGCUUUUUAGGGAGUUCAGUCAGAAGACCAUCACAAUAGUCAAGUCUACUUGAGAUAAAAGCAUGGAUGAGCUUCUCCUGGUCUGCUUGACACGUGCAAGGUUUCACUCUGUAGUAGUGUAAAUUAUCCUAACAAUGCCAGAACUACCGGGCUAGCGCGUCCUAAUUGAGCCUUGUUGCUUGAAUUGAUGAAGCCUGCUCGGACGAGAGGAGUAAUGUUUUCUAAGACAGUCAAGUUGCGAUCGGUUCACAAAUUCAUAUAUAUUAUUUCAUAUCACCAUUUACUCUGCUGGCUGCUAUUGUGUGAAUGCAAAAUGACUGCCUUAUCUUGGUGCUUCAGCUCACAGAUCCCUCUGGUGUAUUGUAACAACAUAAUGAGGCUCUCUCCAGUGGUAUUAUUGGUAAAGACAGCUUGAGUAAAAGAGGACCAUUUGUAAAAGACCCCCCCCCCCC